AUGGUCGUCAUGAUCAAACGUGCCCUCCAGACGAGCGACAGGUCUGGGAAGACCAAGGCUGCUAUCAUUGUAGGUAGUGUUGGUGCUGCUCUUCUUUUCGCCAUUAUUCUCUUCUUCGUCCUAAGGAGUAUCCGACUACCGAAGAAUAUACGACGAGCGCAGGCCGAAGCGCGCGCUCGUGCUCGCGCUCAAACACCACACCGACCAUGGAGCGAACGCAUCUUGUCGCCUUUCCGUCGCAAGCACAAUGCGUCUACCACUACUCCUGCUCGCGAGAUGACCCUGGACCCCGAAGCUGCUGUCAAUAGGCACACGAGCAUCCGUAGCAUCGCCACUCUUCCCGCCUAUUCCGCUGUACCACAUGAGAAUGAGGGUGUCCUUGGUCGUGAGGGCGAACGAGCAGGCAUGGAUACCGUAGUCGAGUUCCCCGAGACAAACGAGGAGGAAGAAGGCAGAAGAGAGGCCGAGAUGGAGUCUCUUUGGCAGAUUCGCCAACAGCGAAGACAAGAGGCAGCUGAAAGAGAAGACCGUCGACGUCGUCGUCGUGAGGCACGUGCUAGAGGUGACAUGGAAGCUCUCAACGCUCUGCGGCAUGAGACUGCUCUACGAGUGACUCUGGAGCGUGCCAACGGCUCGAGCAACAUGGUGGCCGAACAUAAUGCCAGGCCGAGGGAAAGAAGAAUUAGUGCUGUCUCGUAUGGCGACCUUGGUGUUGCCCGUCAUGACGGCACACGAGUGCGCGCAAACUCGACAGAGUCGGACAGCAGACCCCUGCUUAACGAUGCUUCCAACGCAGGUACUGCUGCUCCCCUACGACCCUGGCUGUCUCGCGCUUCCUUCUCUACUCAUCAUCGCAUGGCUUCUGCUACCUCGGUCCUUACCACCGAUAGUCUUGACCAGGAUGAUAGCGAUUACGAGGUCAUUUCUCUUCAACAGACUUCCUCUCGCCCUCGCUCUUCUCGUAUCCAUUCUCGAGCCCACUCCAUCAACCUGAGUCUUAGGAGAACCUCGACCUCACAGAUUCCUCAGCUUCCUCGACCGGAUGGCGACCUGGGUGAAAGUCGUAUUCCUCUUCCCGAGCUGCCGCGUUACGACGCUAUGGGCUUUGACGAGGCCCCGCCCUACGAGGAAAUUCACUCCUCGCGUCCCUCUCUUUCCAGGGCGAACAGCCAGUCGCGCCCUUCACUCUCCAGAACUGACAGUCAAACACGAGGAAGCGAGAACAGCAGCCCGUUGUCAUCUCUGCCCGAGAUCGUCCGCCUCCCAAGCAUCCGCAUCAACGAGGCAUCACCAACAGAGUCUCCACGUCAUUCCACAUUUCCAGCAAAUCUGAGACCGACGACCGCCUCAACCAUUGAUGAAGAAACGACCUAA